AUGUCAGCCGAGCCGCUGGUCCCCACGCCAGGCCUGGACGAGAUCAAUGUGCCCUUCCCUUCAGACGACUUUACCGACAACGAUGAAUUUGGCUCUCCUACUACAUCCCCAAGAAGUCUGUCACGCAACGGCUCCUUCUCAAACAGCAGCUCGUAUCAGGAGGACUGGGAGUCAUUUCCGCCGCUGGACAAGCUGACGGUUUUCGACCUACUUGACAACAUCCAGCUCUCACAGCGCCUGGAGAAAUGGCAGCGGACAAUCACCAUGCAAAAGGAGAAGGUGCGCAAGCAGCGGGAGAAGCUCAAGUCGUCUUCCUUGAAUGCCAAGGAUCGUGUUGUGGGUGAAUGGAAGCGCCGGGCACCGACCGCCGAUGAGAAGCUGGAAAAAUAUCGCUCUCGGAUGAAGCAGGGUGUAGAGCGCCUGGGAAAGCAGUGGAACAAGACGGCGACUGUCACCCUCCGGGAGAAGAUGUCUUUUAUUGCUGGUGUGCUCAAUAUCUUCAUCAGCGGCUACCUGAUCGGUGCUUGCCCAGAGUACUUCUACAUAUGGUUCAGCGCCCAGCUGGCAUAUUUUAUGCCCAUCCGCUACUUCACGUACCAUGCUAAGGGCUACCACUACUUCUUGGCCGAUCUCUGCUAUUUUGUCAAUCUGCUUUGCAUGCUGAGUAUUUGGGUCUUCCCCAACUCGAAACGGCUCUUUAUUAGCACCUUCUGCCUGACCUUCGGAAACAAUGCGGCUGCAAUCGCCAUGUGGCGCAACUCUAUGGUCUUCCACAGUAUGGACAAGGUUGUCAGUCUCUUCAUCCAUAUUAUGCCACCCGUAACUUUGCACUGCAUCGUACACCUGACUCCGGUUGAGAAACUGAAGGAACGAUUUCCUGCUGUCUACAACAUCAAGUUUAGUGAGCCCGGAGACCCAGAGCAUUAUGGUCUUGGUGCCAUGAUCAUCUGGUCCACGGCUCCCUAUGUGGUAUGGCAGCUCAUGUACCACUUCCUAAUUACCGUGCGCCGCCGUGACAAGAUCGCAGCGGGUCGCCCGACCAGCUUCACAUGGCUGCGCAAGUCAUACUCCAAGGCGUGGAUUGGGCGAUUUGUGCUUAGUCUACCCGAAGCGCUGCAAGAGCCAUGCUUCAUGUUCAUCCAGUAUGGGUUUGCUUUGUCCACAAUGAUCCCCUGUCCGAUCUGGUUUUGGUCCAAGUGGGCCAGCGGUCUGUUCAUGUCUGCUCUUUUUGUCUGGAGCAUCCACAAUGGAGCAACUUACUACAUCGACGUCUUUGGAAAGCGCUUCCAGAAGGAGCUGGAGGAGCUCAAGACAGAUGUGGCACGCUGGCAGAGCUCCCCCGAAGGUACAGCUAGUCCCUUGCUUGUCGCUGAGCCCAGUCCUCUCAGCGAAGCCAUCAAUGCACACGGCGAGGGGAAGCGAUCCAGCGUCGAUCAAAUCCCCUUGUUGGAUACUGCCGAGGCCUCUUCUACCGAUAUCCAGGAAAGUUUAAACAAAGACUCUCUCGUUAGAGAGCGAAUUUGA